UCUUCAGUAGUGUGUCUGCCAUCGGGCAAAGCGCGCGCGUCUUCUGAUCUAGGGGUUAGUGAUUUGUUCCCGGUUUGAAUGCAGGAUUUGCGAAAAAAUCACGUACCCGACAGAGCUUGUGUUGACGACGACGACGAGUGGACGUAAAUUUUGCACCGCGUGGAAAUCGAUACUGUUGGGCAGUUGAAAGUGGGAAAAUUUUUCGCAGGAUGUGUCUUUGCUAGAGUUGGGCGAGAAAAGCGAGAAGAACUCGGAUCGGGAAAAUUUUUGACGAGUAUAAAUAUGCAAUUUUUUGCUUGAAUUCAAGAAGCAAUCCACUGUUGAGGAACGGUGAAACGUGAUGAAGUGACCGAAGGGAGCUCAGGGAAGCACUGAUUUGUUGAUAGUGAUUCCGGCAAACAUGCACGUGGAAUGUGAAACGUGAACGUGUUCGGUUUCCGUGCCAGACUUGGUGAAGUUAGCAUCAUCGACGAGAUUUCGUUCGUUCGUUGGCAGCAAAGCAAGAUAGUGAAAAUCACACCGGCAGUGAAAAAAAAACCUUUUACAGGACGGUGAAAAUGAGGUUGGCCAAGUGAAUAAUGUGAAUGGGCAGUUCGGUGGAUUGGUUGUCAUUCGAGAAGCGGAUGCAACGUUAAAAAAGAGUAACCGAUCACAGAAGAGCACAUAAAAAGGCCGAUCGUUUAGUGGGAAAUUGAAUUUUAUUACCGGACCCCGGGGGAAGUCAAAGUCUGUCGCAACAGCGGAAGAAGCGAAGAGAGAACCCACAAAACAUGUCCCACUGCUGGGCCCAGAAUAAAUGCUGCGUGGGCGGAAGAGGUGCCGAAGAAGAACGAAACCUUUUGUGAGAGGGGCACAGUGCCAGUGAGUGGCGUAAGAGGCAUUUUCGGUCCAUUGUUAUGCUAAUACCAAUGUUUAACAAAUUUCACGCAUUGCAAUAAAGUUUUAGUGUGGUCGGUCGAGUUUGCUGCCGAGCCGACUAGUGGUGGGAAGAAGAUUUGAAUCGAAUGGAUUGUUCUAGUCUGCUCAAGUGGUUCUUCUGAUGUGAAAUACGGAAAACGAAAAACACAAAUGGUGAACGGAAAUUGAAAACCCAGUCAGUGCUAGAGGGGAAAAGACGAGUAUCGUUCCGGCAAAUAAACCUCAGCCACCGCCGGAAGAAACCCUUGACGAGGACGAUUCAUGGGACGACUACAGCAACGGAAAAAGGCACGACUUGGGCGUAUUGAGUAUAAAACUAGGGGACUGCAGCCAUAAGAAGUCGGGACGUUGUGAAUGAUUGGAUAAUUGGCGUCAGUGAAAUUAAUUGAGGGGUGUAUUCACGUUGGGUGAAGGUUCUGCAGGUGGAACGGGUGAGUUUUGUUGCAGACCGUGAAAUUCCGAAUAAACGCUGAAAAGUGAAAACUCUUCGGAGCAGUUUCGCGUGGUUGGGCGCAAUAUUUGAAUUGAAAGAAAACUGUGACAAGGGUAUUUCUAGACUGCUUAGUGUUGGUGAAGUGCAGGACGAUGCUUCAAAUAACUUGAAGGGGAAAAAAGCCAACCGAACGAGAUCCACAUUCACAGAUAUUCAGACAGCCCCCAGCCCCAAUCUCGUGGGUUUCCAGAGAAGGGCAUGAAAGUCAGCACUUUCACAACGGAAAGUAAAUUUCGAUGAAUAAUGAGUAAACGCAGCAUUUCGGACUAACGACGAAUAAGGAAGGGGCCCGGUCCGUUUUCGCCAAGGAGCCCAAAAUAAAUAAAUUACUCUCCGGGUUUUGAACAGUCGACAAAAAUCAACCUCAUUUUGGUUGGUCGGUUGGUGAAUCCCCCCACCACCCACUCUGUUAGACCGAGGAGUAAUAUUAGCAGAAUCGUUUCCACAGGGAAGAUUCCGCAACAGGAGGAGGAAGAUAACAAAGCAUAACUUUAUGUUUACGAUCUUGCACGACAGGGACAGCAACACUCACGGCGUCCAGUUCCCCAAUGUUCAACCUUAAACCAAAUGGGCAGCCAUAUUUUUGAAAAGGAAAGCAAACUCAAAACACACCCCACCGAAAAGCGUCUGGUCCGGCCUGUCGCACCCCAACAGCUCUUGCCUGGCUGCACAGAUAUUGAAUAUUUAAAUUCAGGACCGUGAAAUUGAAAGUGAACUUCCUGGACGAGUUGGAAGAAAGAAAAGCCGGAAUCUAAUAAGUGCUCGUGAUUCUUGUGCUGCCACUUGGAUUUUUAAUAAUUUUAACUUACGGACAUUCUCGUUGGGGGCGUAUGUUGGCAUCGGCUUCCUGUUUUGCUACUCGGAGGGGGAAAAAGAAGUCCGGAACUAUGUAAAUAAAUAUCAAAUUUAUGCAAAUGUGGCAAGCGAAGAUAACGAGGAUACGACAACACUAAAUCUGGAUCUUAACUGAGCAGAACCAAAUGGCAGCCGUGAUUUGAAGGAAUUCAGUCACUCAUCGCACACUACGUGGCAUUUUCCAUUUCAACUGUCACAUGCAUCAAUAUUUUUUAGUCCAAUGCAAUUGUUUCAGAUGCCCAGCGAAGAAAUCAGCCGCCGCAUAUAAUUGAAUCCAACACUUCGGACCGCCCCCACCUACAAGCUCAAGACAGCAACAGGAAACUUGAAGACGGAACACCAUUUAUCUCCGAGGGCGGCGAGGCGGCGAAGGCGGCAGAUAAGUUGACAACAGAGCCAUGACAGUGUCAUCGUCACCACCGUUCCCCAAGGCGACAACCGUUUGUCCCUCCCGAUGGACGGGCCGACAAUGUCUCGUCGCCACACUGCUGGUGCUGUUGAUUUGCAUACCGAGGCAGAUAAUUGGAUUCUGUCCGUCACUGUGUACCUGCGAGGCCGAUCGCAAUCUUCGGACGUCUUGUAUCAACGCAUCCCUCGAGGUCGUUCCGAUCCAGCUGAAUCCGGACGUGCGACACAUCAAUCUCAGCUCCAACGCAAUUACCAAUGUGCACUUUACUCUGGGGUUCUACAGCCAGCUGGAGAUGCUGGACAUCUCCCAUAACCGGCUGGACUCGCUUGGGUCCAAGAAUUUCGAAGCCCAAGAAAAGCUCAAAGUUCUCAACCUGAGCGAAAACGUUCUCACUAGCCUGCUCAAGGACACCUUCAAAGGUCUGAAGCAGCUGGAGAUUCUCAAACUGAACAACAACCGGAUCGAGAAGAUCCAUCCGACGGCCUUCCACGGCUUAGCGAAUCUUCUGGAGCUGGACCUAAACAAUAAUCUGAUAGUAAGCUUCGAAGAUGAGGUGUUUAAACCCCUCACGACGCUCGAGAGGCUUUCCCUAAAGAAUAAUCAAAUACUAGAAGUGCCAUACGAUACGAAUUUAGAACACUUGCGGUUACUGCAAUUUUUGGAUUUGUCCACCAAUCUGAUUGAAUUUGUCAGUAAUGACAGUUUUGUGGCGUUGCGAGAGCUUCGGACACUGAAGCUGGAUGUAAAUGUGCUGACCGAGCUGGACUUGGGCUCUUUCAAUGGGCUGAACGCACUGAAGCAUUUGGAUCUGGCCGACAAUAAUUUGACGGUCGUCCCAACGGUGCAGCUCUCCAAGUUGUACAAUCUAACCACACUUUCGCUGAGCGGUAACUCGUUCAGUCAUCUGGCAGCCGUAUCGUUUCUGAACCUGUUCCACCUCCGGGAGCUCCACUUGAACCGGCUGGAUCUGCUCGAGCGCAUCGACGCACGAGCCUUCGUCGAUAACACGUACCUCCAAAUCCUUUCGCUGGACGACAACCCUUCGUUCAGUGAUCUUCCUCUGCGACUGUUCUAUGGCAAUCCAAAUUUGAUUGAUAUCUCGAUGCGUCGAAAUGCUCUGGUUUCGCUGGAUGCAGUUCAGUUUCCUCUGGACAGAUUACAACGAUUGAAACUGGCAGGAAAUCCGCUGGUUUGCAACUGUUCUAUCCGAUGGCUGUGGCGUUUAGUUACCGGAACCGUAGACGAAGAUGACAGUGAUGGCGUGGGCAUCGUGGGCAGAAAUGGUGACAGUUUGGCGAACAUUACCACAGUGCUGAUGAUCGAUAAGGACGAAAUUGGAUGUGAUCAGAACGAAGAUGGGUUGGUGACGAGAAGAAUCCUGAGAAAUAUGUCCGAAGGGGACAUAAACUGUCCCGCACAUUUGGUAACGGUUAUCAGUGUGAUAGCUAGUGUUCUGUUGGUGCUUGUGGUUGCACUAGUUAUGAUUUUCUAUCGAAAGAAGUUUAGGCAGCGGAAAAAGAUACUACAAGAAAGAAAGAAUGUACACGAGAGGAUAGUACCUCAGAAGGUAGACAAGCUAGAGUUGGAACGAUAUCUUGCACAACAAGUAUUGGCUAAUGACUACCGAGAACUAAGACCUUGCGAUGCUACCAUUAGAUAUGACUCUAAGAGCUCGACACAACCUCUCCGAACUCCUGAUCCAGAAGAAUCCGAUCACUACGAAAACAUUGAUUACCUCCAACAUCAGCGAGCUUUGAACCAUCACAGUCAUCCGUAUCAUCAAAACCAACACACCCAUCCCUACCACCAACAAGCUCAGAAUAUACCAACCAUGACCCUCCAGAAUCCCAACCAAUAUUCUCAAAAGUAUCCUCCGUUGAACCAAACGGCCACUAAUACCCUUCCAGUGCCUCCUCAACAGCAGCGAAAUGCACAAAACCACCCUUACUCAACGAACUUCUUCAUUUACGUGCUAUAUUCGCAUUUCAUCUUCCUGUUGUUGAUAUUAUGAUGAAUUACAGUAACUAACCGGUCUAGAUCAUCAACCCCGAGCUCAAAACGCUGUGUAAAAAUAUUUCUAGCUGGAAGUUUCGUUUGUUAGGUCAAAUAAUGUUCAAGUUCUAUUGUUUUCAACCCCAUUCGCGAAUACGUACACAAACUAAAUGUUGACAAAAAAUAAACAAACACCAACGCUGCAUACAAUCAUUCUAACUCACACAGAAAGAGAUCAUCUAUUUCAUAUAUUCAUCGCUAGCAAGAAACAUAAACGGUAAAAGACAAUUUAUUCGUAACGAUAUACAUGCAAGAAGACAAGUGAAAGCAAACAGAAUAGAAAGUAGCAAACAAAAGGAGAGGAUAUAAUCUAUUUUGUACAGUCAUUUUUCAUAUUUAUAAGUGAAUUCUUCAAUCAAAUUGUAAUGUACAUUCAGAUGCAAUAAUAACUUAAAUAGUCUAGGAAAAACAAAACUCAGUUGUUGCGACGACUAACCCGAGCAGCUCGUUCUGAUUUACUUUGUUACAUAUUUUCCGUUUCCCAUAAUUUGUUCUGCCAUACUAGCACUGUAAGUUUUUGAUUUAACUUUUGAACUAAGCAAUCGUUAUCCGUACUUUAUUACGACAGAUGAUAAGAACUACAAUUAGAAGGGAAACACAAUACGCAAAAGUCAACUAAUUCAAAGAAUAAAACAUUUUUGAUACCAUUUUCACUCAUUUCGAAUAAAAUUCUUGUCCAAGUAAUACUCUGAACGGGCAUAAAAAAACAACAAAUGAAUCACAUUUUCUACACCGAAAACAUAAAAGACAAGAUAAGCCGAAAGCAAACCACAACAACAUUAGAGUUAAGCAGAAAAAACUACAAAACAAAAUUUAAACAGAGAAAUUUCAAAUGCUUCAUCAUUGAUAUAAGCAAAGAAAAAACGCGUGGAAAAGGAGCCAAUAAAAUAAACUAUUUAACGAAGGAUUUUUGGUGAAGCUAACCAGCAAAACCGUAACAAACAACCACACAUGCUAUGUUCUAAUAUAAGUUGUUAUAAGACUGAAGACUAUUGCGCAAAAUAAAGGAUGGAAUAUUGAAAAA